UCCCUUUUCCGCACCUACAGUACACCCGCGGCAGCGCGCGUUCCUGAGCGGUAACGAGCUAGCGAGAGAGAUUGAGAUAGAGGCGAGGCGAGGCAUUUUUCUACUUUCCUCGGGGAGUCCAUCGUUUUCUGGGAAGAGAGAAAUGUAUCAUCCUUCCAGAGGAGGUGUCCGCGGCGGUCGAGAUCAGUUUAAGUGGGAUGAUGUGAAGGUUGAUAAGCAUCGAGAGAACUAUCUUGGGCACAGUAUCAAGGCUCCUGUUGGAAGAUGGCAGAAAGGUAAGGACCUGCACUGGUACGCGAGGGAUAAUAAGUCCGAGAUAGAUAUGGAGGCCGCCAAAGCAGAGAUACAAAGAAUCAAGGAGGAGGAAGAGCAAGCAAUGCGUGAGGCCCUUGGCUUAGCUCCCAAGCGUGCUGGUCGACCCCAAGGCAAUCGCCUAGACAAGCAUGAGUUCUCAGAGCUGGUGAAGAGAGGAUCCACUGCAGAAGACCUGGGUGCUGGCCACGGUGAAGCAGCACAAGUUCAGGGCCUUGGCUUUUCCAGAACACCCCGAAGUUGGGGGGAAUCGAGCUCUGUUGCGGCUACCUUGAAUGAAAACAUUUCACCUGAUGGGUCAGAAGGAAGAAUGUCCAAACCCACACUGAGAAUCAGUGAAGAAGCUUCGGAGGAUGAAAGCAGGAAGAAGAGAAAGCGGGAAGAGAACAAAAAUGGAAAACAUGAGAAGCGGGAAAAACGACGUUCUCGUGAUUCUGAUGAGAAGAGGAAACACAGGCGAGACAAGGAAAAGAGGAGGCGCGAUUCUGAUUGAUUUGCUGAGGAUGAUAUCUUGCUGUUACAACUAUGACUCAUGAUUGCUGGUGUUGUAAUCAGAUAAUAACAUUUUAAUUAGUAUAAAUAAAAUGGUUUCUCCUCCCAAAAGAGAAGGUUAGGUCCAA